UCCUUCUUGGCUCCUAUCAUCAACCACGACUUUCCUUACCUGCAAAACCCACCUCCGUACGCCUAUUAAAAUCUCUUCACAAUCUGAUCCAUCCCCACUAACGAAGAAGGGAAACAAGCCCAUCGCUUCUUUAGGGCACUUUAAAAAGGAGAAAAGCCAAAACCUUCUGUAAAACAAGACAUGGAUAAGGUCAGUACUGUUCAUCAAAGCAUCAAGAGCUCCAAACAGUUCAAAUCAAAGAAGAAACCAUCAAAACCCAUCAAGGUUGUUUACAUCUCAAGCCCCAUGAAGGUGAAGACAAGUGCAUCUGAGUUCAGGGCUCUGGUGCAAGAGCUCACCGGUAGAGAUUCCGAUUUGGGUGGUUACAAUGGAAGAUUCUUGGUUGAUGGCCUUGAGCAGAAGGUAACUGAUGAGGUCAUGAAGAUUAGAGAUGAUUAUGAGCCUCAAGUCCCUCAGAUUGGGGACUUUCAUCAGGAGUCAUCAUCAGGGAGAUAUGAUGACACUUUGAUUGAGGUUGAUCAGCCCUUUGAUGAUUUCUUCAGUUCUUCUGGGCUGCUUGAAAACUUUUAUAGAUUUACUGAGCCUCCUCAGGUAGAUGUCAUCAGAAACUUUGGUGCAGUGUAAGUUUUGGUAAAUUUGACUCAAAGAUCUAGUCCUUGGUUUCCCCUAGAUUUGCAUGUAUCUUUAUUUAUUACCAAUUGUGGAAUUUAUUUAUGGCUUACUCUUAGCAUAUCUAUGGACUCAUAUAUUGUAUCUCUCUCUCUCUCUCUCUCUCCAUGCCCCUUGUGAUUGACCUCUCUCACAUAGAUUUCAGUGUUCAUGGGUUUCACAAGUCAUAAUUAUACAUUAAUUACUUUAUUUAUGAAUUGGUUACCUUUGAGCAGAGAGAUCGUUUGUGGGAGGAUUAUUCUUCUCCUCUGCAGGGAGCUGAUCUAGUCUCUCUCUCCCUCCCUAUGUGUGCAAUUUGAUUCCCUUUGGACAAUGAGAUCCUAUGUGGGGAGGAUAAGUCUUCUCCCUUGGAGCUCUCUCUCUUUCUGCAAUUUUUUUUGGUAAGUGUGUUUGCAAUUUGUCCCUUUGGGCAAUUGGAUCCUAUGGGAUUCAGAUUAACCUCUCCCACAUGUGUGUCAACGCACAUUCGAUGGUUGACUGCAUUCGUGGAACGCAUGCAUCUCAGCACCUCGCAUGCAUCUCAAGGGAUUCCCAGCCAUCAGAUACAUACUGGGCUCUAUCCGGCGCAUCCAAUCCUAAGCGGGGAAGCAUAAUUCUUCUCCUGACUUGGCUGGAGGUAGAUCCUCUCUCUCCACCUCCCCCCCCAAAAAAAAAGAAAAACCCCAUUUGAUUCCCUUUAGACAAUGAGAUCCUUUGGGAUUCAGAUCCUCUUCCACUCGGCCCAAACUUGCUGGUUGAUUGCACCCCAACACGAAACCCGAAGGUUUCCAGCCAUCAGAUGCACGCCGGGCUAUCUUCCCCGUGGGAAGCUGAUCCGGACUCGGCAGGAGGGAGAUCCCUCUCUCUCUCUCUCUCUCUCUCUCGCUGCGUGCAAUUUGAUCCGGACAGCCCCACUGUCUCUGUGUGAUCCUUCGACGGUAAUGACCACUGGACGGUGAUAAGAAAGCGACUGCGGGGGAUUUGGUGGAGUUGGGCUUGUCGGCAACCGUGCCAAGCAACGGAGUAUUGAGAGACAAACAAAAACAGUAGGAGGACUGGAAGACCCAAAAAUAA